AAUAAAGUCUGCUUCGUUAUCAUUCGACUGUGGAUGGAUGAUACACUGUCACACCUAACCAGAGUCUCAGAUUUUUUUAUUUUUCCCAAACAAGCUUCAUGGCUUCAUCUGAUCAAACGGCGAAGAUAAUCGAUGGAAAGGCGAUUGCUCAUACCAUCCGAUUAGAGAUCGCCGAGGAAGUUCGCGAUCUAUCUGAGAAACACGGCAAGGUCCCAGGACUAGCGGUGGUUAUAGUUGGUGCACGGAAAGAUUCACAAACUUAUGUGAAUAUGAAGAGGAAAGCGUGUGCUGAGGUUGGGAUCAAAUCAGUUGAUGUGGACCUACCAGAGGAUGUUUCUGAAGCUGAUCUUAUCAGCAAAGUUCAUCAACUCAAUUCAGAUCCUGAUGUCCACGGUAUAUUAGUUCAACUCCCGUUGCCGAAACAUAUCAAUGAGGAGAAUGUUUUAAGUGCAAUCAGCAUUGAUAAAGAUGUAGAUGGCUUCCAUCCUCUGAAUAUUGGUAAGCUAGCCAUGAAAGGCAGAGAGCCCCUCUUCCUUCCAUGCACCCCAAAGGGAUGUUUGGAACUCUUAAAGAGAAGUGGCGUAAAGAUAAAAGGGCAACGAGCAGUUGUAGUAGGUCGCAGCAACAUUGUUGGAUUACCUGUUUCGCUUCUAUUGCUCAAGGCUGAUGCUACUGUUACAACCGUACAUUCUCACACCAAAGAUCCUGAGGCUAUCAUACGCGAAGCUGACAUCGUUAUUGCUGCAGCCGGACAAGCCUGCAUGAUUAAGAGCGACUGGAUUAAGCCAGGUGCUGCGGUGAUCGAUGUUGGAACUAAUGCAGUGAGCGACCCGAGCAGGAAGUCAGGAUACCGGUUGGUUGGAGAUGUUGAUUACGCAGAAGCUUGUAAAGUUGCAGGUUGCAUAACUCCUGUCCCUGGUGGUGUAGGUCCAAUGACAGUGGCGAUGCUGCUGAGGAACACCUUAGACGGUGCCAAGCGGGUCAUUGGCCAGUAAAAUAAUAUCCUACUGUAUUUUUAUAAAUGAAUCUGAAGUUUCAUACAUUUUAUAAUUACGCUCUCGGUUUGAUGACAUUGUUCCUUGCAAAUAAAGUGAAGCUUGCAUGUCCUUUGAAUGUUUGUUUCCCGCAAAUUUGUACACAACAUGAGGUUUAGCAUCAGUAUGAUCAAAACCUGGCUUUGAUAUCA